AUGAGCACCAGCCGAGCCUCCGCGCUGAACGAUCCGCCAGCAGACGGCCCGCCCGCCGCACUCGUCCAUUUCGACUCCAAUUCGGACGACUGGGUAGACGAGGAUGACGACAUGGACGAGUACCUUGAGGCGGAGGAGGAUGGGACUGAGGACGGCAGCUACCAUGACGCCGAGUCGAGCCUCAGCGGAAUCGACAUCGAGUUCGAGGUGAGCGGUACGGAAGAGCCGGAGAGCGAGGCAGCGCGGGACGAAGAGGGCGAGCAGACAGAAACGGAUGCGAAUCAGCCUCAGGCUGCUAGGCAGCCCAUAUACAUCACCAGGGAGCAGAUGCUGCAGCUACUGGGGCAUGCGGGAUUGCGGAGGAUAUUCGCGGAUCAUACUGGGCGCCGGAGGCGGGCGACGGAUGAGGAUGAGGAAGAGAACGAGGAUAGCGAACCGGAUGUUGGGUAUAGCACUGGUUUCGCACCCCGGCGAAGGAGAGGUCGAGGCCGGAAAGCGUUCCAGAAGGUGCCGAGCGACACUGGUCGGGAGCUGAUGCAAUCCGGCACGUUCGGCGCCAACGACCGCGCAGAGGACACUUUCAAGAGGGAGAAGAAGUUGGCUUACAGGCUUAUGCGGAGGGAGCUUGGUAUUGGCUGUCCGGGACGGCAGAAGAGUACGAACAACCUGAUAGCGCAAGGUCUCAUACCGUCCACGAGCGCCGAUUUGAUCAUCCACUACAAUGCCCGCUGUUAUUCUGGCCAGUUCUCCAAGGACGGCAACUUCUUCUUCUCCUGUGCACAGGACUUCCGGGUGCGGAUGUACGACACCUCGAACCCGUAUGACUGGAAGUACUACAAGACCGUCGACUACCCCAUCGGCCAAUGGACCAUCACCGACGCCUCCCUCUCCCCCGACAACAAAUACCUCGCCUACUCCUCCAUCCGCUCCAUCGUCUGUCUGGCCCCGACAGACCCACACGACACCUCCGAACCCCAGAUGCUCAACUUCGCCGACACAGGCCGCACCGGCCGGCGGGGCUUCGGCUACCACCCCUACUUCGGGAUCUGGUCCUUACGCUUCUCGGGCGACGGGCGAGAAAUCGUAGCCGGGACCGGCGACCGCAGCGUCUAUGUCUACGACAUCGAGCGGCAGGAGAGCAUCCUGCGAAUCCCAGGCCACGAAGACGACGUCAACGCCGUGUGCUUCGGCGACGAAAACUCGCCGCACAUCCUAUAUUCCGGAUCCGACGACACGACGCUCAAAGUGUGGGACCGACGCUCCAUGGGCGACGGGCGCGAAGCCGGCGUCUUCCUGGGCCACACCGAAGGGCUGACCUACGUCGACAGCAAAGGCGACGGGCGCUACAUCCUCAGCAACGGCAAGGACCAAACGGCCAAGCUGUGGGACCUGCGCAAGAUGAUGCCGACAGAGAAGGCAGAUCGCAUCGACAUCAACAAGUACACCACGGGCUUCGAAUACCGCACCAGCCACUACGACGACGAAGACUACCGCCCGCACCCCUACGACUGCAGCCUGGUGACCUUCCGCGGCCACUCCGUCCUCAAGACGCUCAUCCGGUGCCACUUCGCGCCCCCCGGCUCCGCAGACGCCCGCUACGUCUACAGCGGCUCCUCGGACGGCAGCGUCUACAUCUGGAACCUUGACGCCACGCUCGCGGGCAAAGUCGACGUCCUCGCCGCGACCCGCAACAGCAGGCCCAGAGACGACGAGCUGCUGGCAGACAGCUACGAUUACAUGGGCCGCAACGGGCGGACGUGGCAGACGUGCGUCCGGGACGCGAGUUGGCAUCCGCAUGCGCCGGUUAUUGCGGCGACGAGCUGGAAUGGGUGGGGCACGAGUUUGGGCACGUGUACGGUGCAUAGUUGGAACGAUGGCGUGGAGAGAGAGGAGGGGGGACCGGUGGGAGGGGCCAGGAGGGUUAAUGCGACGUUGGAGCAUGAUGAGAGUCUUUAUGCCAGCGGGAGGGCGGGAGAGAAUUUGUUUGCGAGGGCGAGGAGGAGAAGGGUUUUGGAUGAUGAGGACGAUUAG